CAUCUCAAACACAACACAACAACUCCGUGAAGUCUGAGAUGGAUUUCCGAUCAGUUUUCUGUUGCGCAUUGCUACUGGUGUCAGUAGUACUGCUUCCCGUUUCAGCUGAUGCUUCGAGCAAACUCUACAUUGUGUACAUGGGCCAGAAGAAGCACGAUGAUCCAUCGGUGGUCACCGCGUCCCACCACGACGUACUCGCAUCUGUUCUUGGGAGUAAGGAUGAAGCCCAGAAAUCCAUGGUCUACACCUACAAGCAUGGAUUCUCCGGCUUUGCGGCGAUGCUCACGGAAUCCCAAGCCAGGACUAUUGCCAGUCUACCUGGAGUCAUCACUGUUAAGGCUAACACCCAUUACCAAACCCACACAACUCGGAGCUGGGAUUUUCUUGGCCUCGACCACGACCAGUCGUCACCGUCAGACCUCCUCAAGAAAGCAAAGUACGGUGAAGACAUCAUAGUUGGAGUAGUCGACACAGGCAUAUGGCCUGAAUCAAGAAGCUUCGACGACAGUGGCUACGGCCCUUUGCCGGCGAGGUGGAGAGGCGUGUGCCAGACCGGCGACGCGUUCAACGCCACGAGCUGCAACCGAAAGAUCAUCGGCGCCCGGUGGUACGCCGGCGGCAUGAGCGCCGAGGUGCUCGAGGGCGAGUUCAUGUCGCCCCGGGACCUGGGCGGCCACGGCACGCACGUCGCCUCGACGAUCGCCGGAGGCCAGGUGCGGAACGCGAGCUACGGCGGGCUGGGCGCCGGCGCGGCGAGCGGCGGGGCGCCCCGCGCCCGGCUGGCCGUCUACAAGGCGUGCUGGGGCCCGGGCAGCUGCGGCGCCGCCGCGGUCCUGGCGGCCAUCGACGACGCCAUCCGCGACGGCGUGGACGUGCUGUCGCUCUCGCUGAGCUUGCGGGACCAGGAGAUCCCCGGGACGCUGCACGCCGUGGAGAGAGGGAUCACCGUCGUCUUCUCCGCCGGGAACGACGGCUCCGCCGCGCAGACGGUGUCGAACGCCGUGCCGUGGGUCCUGACGGUCGCCGCCAGCACCAUCGACCGCUCCUUCCCGACCGUGAUCUCGCUCGGGAACAACGAGAAACUGGUGGGUCAAUCGCUCAACUACAAUUCAACGGUGAAUUCCGACGACUUCCACACGCUUAUUUCUGCGGGCAGUUGCGACGAAGGGGCGCUGUCAUCGGCCAACGUCACCGGCGCGGUCGUGCUGUGCUCGGCGCCGUGGCUAGCGUCCUCCACGCUGGCGAAGCAAGGGCUCGCCGGCGCCGCGGCCCGCGUCGCCCAGGCGGGGGCCAGGGGCCUGAUCUUCGCGCACCAGAGCAGCAACAUCGUCGACAUCACCGACAUCUGCAGGCGCGCCAUGCCCUGCGUGCUCGUGGACUUCGAGGUCGCGCACAGGAUCGCGUCCUACGCCGACAGCGCCCAGAUGCCGGCGGUGAGGAUCUCGCGGACCUUCAGCGUCGUCGGGAGCGGGGUGGCGUCGCCGAGGGUCGCCGCGUUCUCGUCCAGAGGCCCCAGCGCGGCGUUCCCGGGCAUCAUCAAGCCUGACAUAGCUGCGCCCGGAGUGAGCAUCUUGGCAGCGGUGGGCGGGUCGUACAAGUUCAUGUCCGGGACGUCCAUGGCGUGCCCGCACGUCUCCGCCGUCGCCGCGCUGCUCAAGUCGGUUCACCCGGACUGGUCACCGGCCAUGAUCAAGUCGGCCAUCGUCACCACAGGCACGCACGCACCCAAAGUCCCAAACUGCACAAUUCCUUGUGUUAACACGAUCACUUCAUCAGUACUAACCUGGUUGCCAUUGACAUUGGUAUGCAGCAUCCGUGGCCGACCGCUUUGGCAUGCCGAUCCAGGCGGAGGGGUCGCCAAGGAAGAUGGCCGACCCGUUCGACUUCGGCGGAGGCCACAUCAACCCGGACAAGGCGGCCGACCCCGGCCUGGUCUACGAUGUCGAUGCUGGGGAGUACACCAAGUUCUUCAGCUGCACCCUUGGCCCCAAGGACGCCUGCGAGAGCUACAAGGGCAAGAUCUACCAGCUCAAUCUCCCGUCCAUCGCCGUGCCCGACCUCAAGGACACCGUGACAGUGUCGCGGACGGUGACCAAUGUCGGGCCAGUGGACGCGACUUACCGAGCAGUGGUCGAAGCUCCGGCAGGGGUGGACGUGUCGGUGGAGCCGCCGGUGAUCAGGUUCGGCGGAGGCGGCGGCAAGAAGGCGAUGUUCCGGGUGACGUUCACGGCGAGGCAGAGGGUGCAGGGUGGCUACACGUUCGGGAGCCUGACAUGGCUAGGUGGUGGCAACCACUCGGUGAGGAUUCCGGUCGCGGUCCGGACUGUGAUCCAGGACUUCAUCGCGGAUUCGUCGUAGACUGAUCCACUGUUACUGUCAAUGUUGUCUCUGCAAGCACAGCUUACUAGCACAUGAGGUUAUUAUUGUGAAUAAAUUUUUUCGUUACUUUUUA